AUUCUUGGCCCAAGCCUAGCCCAGAUCUCCGUUUCAUAAAACUUGCUACAAUAACAAAGUUGCAAUUAACACUUUCCAGCUACCGAAAUCCUUCAUUUGGUAGCAAGCCAGCUAGAGAACUUGAUCACCUGACAAAAAUUUGAUGGUCACGUGACAGCGAGGUAUUGCAGUAUUUUUAGUAUUCGUAAACAGAGCUGAGACACAGACUGACAGAAUUCUGUUGCCUCAAGGCUACAAGCCCUCGAUCAGUCUCAGGCACUUAUUACAAAAUGAGCUAUAAUUGAACUGAAGUAUAGAGGGUCUAAAUCUACUGCCUGGCAUCAGCCUAUAUACGUUGUCAUGAGUUACUUGAUACCUGCACUAUCCACAAAGAAAGAGAUAGAUGAAGCAAUCAAGCGGACAGAAGAUAAGAUACUUGUGCUUCGGUUUGGACGCUCAGAUGAUAUUGUGUGUAUGCAACUGGAUGAAAUUCUGUCAAAGACAAGCCAAGAAUUGGGAAAGAUGGCUGACAUAUAUUGCAUUGAUGCUGACAGAGUUCCAGUCUAUACACAAUACUUUGACAUCACUCUCAUUCCAGCAACAUUGUUUUUUUUUAAUGGACAACACAUGAAAGUGGAUUACGGAUCCCCUGAUCAUACCAAAUUCAUUGGCAGCUUUAAGACUAAACAAGACUUCAUUGAUCUGGUAGAAGUCAUAUUUCGUGGUGCUAUGAAAGGCAAGCUCAUGGUGACAAGCCCUAUUGAUCCUAGAGAUGUACCUCAGUAUGAACUACUGUACCAAGAUAUUUGAUGAACAUCAAAACUGUUUAUUGGUAUGUGAGGUAAGCAGGACCAGGUGAAGGUCAUGGUGCUAUGAGAGGCAAGCCAUUGCUUCGUAAAUAGGUCCCCAAGAAUAAAUUGCUGUAUCAAAACAUUAUUUGAGUUAAAUAUAAGUUAAGUAUAUUACUGUAUAACAAGAUCUGAAAGCUAUACUUUUUGAAGAUUGCAAUAUGAAACCCUGUUAAUGUACAUGUAUUAAGACUACAAGCCAGGUAUUUGUAAAUGCCGUAGCUCACAAAUGAAAUGAGGUAGCUCCUCAUCUCCGGAAGUACAGAAAUACCAAAAUAAUGAUACUUGAAAUAUACAUGUACGUGUACCAUAACAUUUCCAAAUUCAUAUUACUUCCUAUAUUAGUAGGAAUCAAUACUUCUGUUGCAUCACACAAUCAGACAGAUCAAAUUUCAAAACCUCCCAGGGGGGGGGGCACUUACAUUGAUGAGUAGAUACCAUGCACAACCAAAAAAACACGUUAUAAGGAUGUCUUUUUCAAGAUAGGGCACGUUACAUACGUAACGUAAAAGGGUGUCAAACACUAAAAUAAUGAAAAAAGGGUUUCUAUUUCGCUAGAAAAGCUAUAUGUUAAGAUCAGAUUUGCGAAGGUAUGAACAAUUAAGACUAAAAUGUUUUAUAAAAGAUGUACUUUUUGCCACAACAGUCAACAGUGUUACGCGAGAUGUGGGAGAUGGGACCGUACUUCUAAACCCAAAACCAUCGACCAACGUCUGUGACAUAAUUUCUUGUUUAAGGGUUAAGUUCAGGGAAUUCUUGCCAAGAGUAUCGUUUUGUUUCUAAUACUUUUUAAGAGUAGGGUUUCACACUCCAAUACUUGUUAAGGAGUGCAUUGUCAGAAUAUAGAAAAUACGUGUUUAGGGUGCUUUUUGAGACCUUGUGGUCGCGCGUGGUAUCCACUCGUCAAUGGAAGUGCCCCCCCCCCCCCUCCCGGGCAAAACCUUCAUGUUCAGUGUAAUUUAUUCUGUGUGUAUUGUCUUUGCACACAUGAAUAAAACCAUCACUGAAACAUCAUGUUAAAAGGAAUUGAUAUGGCUGGAGUUUGUCUUUCUGCUUUAUUUCCCGGGGGGGGGGGGGGGGAUAUGAUUAAUGAGAGUUUGCCCAGUGAUCUCCUUGUACCAGUAGGACAAGUUAUCUGCACCAAUUCCCAUUCAUUAGAAGGCUCUUAUUUCUCAUACAGUUAACGUGCUAAAGCAAUUGUAUGGGAGUUAAAUCAGAAGAUUCAAAGUACAUGGCCAUGCGUUUUAUGUUGGGCCCGCAAAUAGGUGGUAUCGUUACAUUUGCACGACAAGCACAGAAAUAAUUCAUGGUAUAAAACUUGAAAUACAUGUGCUACAUGGGUAUAUUUGGUAUCAUAUUAAAGGGAAUCUUUAUACCAAUUACUUGAAAGAAAAAAAAAUACUUGAGAUUACUUCAUUUACCAGUAAUUAGCAAUUAUGUAAUAUCAAUUGGCCAUUUUUGCAUGGUGGUAGACGAGGGGAGCAUAAAUUUUCAUUUCAUUAAGAAACUAAAUGUGUAACAUCACAGUACCUAAAAAUGUAAUAGUUUUGGGGCUGACUGGCUUAUUCUUCAAUCAUAAGUGGGUCAAAUUUGAACUUUUCAGUUUAAAGGAUGCCUAAUUAAGCUAAUCAGUAUAAUUAAUUGAUGUUAAUCAUGAAAUUAACAUGAUUUAAAUUGUGACUGUCUGAUGUACAGGAAAUGAAGAGAGAUAAAAUAUAGUUGUGGGUUACAAUUUAGAAGCUGAAAAUUUUCAAAAAUAAAAGCAAAAACUAAUUAAAGGCUUCAGAGAUAAAUCAAUCUAUUGUUUAAAUAAUUAUGACCUCAUGGUUUCAAUAUUGACAGCAAAGACUGAUAGUGAUAACUUUGAUGUGUCCUAAUCUUCAGAUUAUUCUGGUAACAUAACUGAUAGCAAAUACACCUUUUAUGCAAUUUUAAUUGAAAACUUGUUUGUUGCAAUAAAGCCCUCAUCUGAUGCUAUUUACUUUUUUUUUCUUAAUGUUACAUCACACUUUGUCUAUAAAUCAGUACAUGACACAUAUUUGGCUGGCACAAAAGUGUUCAGGUAUAUUUUUCCAAAUAAUAAAAAAACUAAACAAAAAACUACUUGAGAAUGAAACUGGUACAAAGAUUUUUUUCUAAAGAGAGGCAAAUGUACCCAUACAUGUAGAAUAUGUUCUGUGCAUUGACGUUCAAUUGACCCAGUACCAAGAGACCAUGUCUUGCAGAACGUUGAGCAAGAGGAUAUCUUUAAAAUAUAACACUCUAAAAUAACAUAAAGUAUAUCUGCCAGGUUAUGGAUUUAUUUAUAACAUGUUAGUUGCUUUUGUUCCACCAAGUUCAAAUAAGCUAAAUCAGUAAUGAGAACUUUUCAUUGUGAAUUCACAUUUUUCCUAUAUUUAUAUGUUAAACGUGACUCUCAGUUGUCAACCUGUGGUCCACCGGUCUUUGAGCCAGAGGUGACAAAUCCCACGAUUUGAGUCAAAUGAAAUCAUUUUUUAUUCAUAAUAACCACAGUAAAUAUAUUAUAAUAUACUGGUUAGUGUUUGCAAGUGUAUUUAUGCAACUAAAGGCAAGACUAAUUAAUAUUUUAGGGGUAAAUAAAGCAUUGAUACAUAU